CUCCCAGGCACUUUUCUUACACAUCCAUCGCCCAAGGCAUCUUCGGCAGUUAAUUUAUCUUUGUCUGUCUUUAUUUGUUGCAUCCCUGGUCGCAAACUUUUGAGAAGAUUCCUUUCGCUUCCUUCAGGCCAUCCCAAAGGCUCCUGCUGCCUUUAUCACUCACCAGGCAUAAGCCCGCUCCAUUCAGGUACCCGGAGUCUUUUACGCUUGGUUUUUCGAGUCCAAGGCCUGCAGCUGGUGUGUCCGGGUGGUUACACAUUGCUCAGCGGCAGACACGGAUGGAUCGAACCAUCUUUGGUCAGCGGAAACACAAUUCCCAGACAGAGGGCUGAAGCUGAAAGACGCGGCUGAACGGCGUCUCCACCACGUGUGUUACAGGGCCGAUUGAGUCCGAACUACCAUUCAUCUCGGCUGUUAAUCUUCCUCUUCGAGCCUUUCGAUCAGAUCAAUAUCCUGCUGAUGCCUCUGCCGGUCUCAUGGGUUCAUCGUUUCCGCUCAGCGAGCCAAUUCCAUCAAUACUUUGCCAACCAAGCCGCGUAAAGUUUUGACUGUGAGAACAGUCAUCAGCACUCUCUUCACGUCUGAUCCCAGCACGAUAGUCCUUUACGCGAGUUCGAUGCCCCGGCAAGACUUACCAUCAUGGUCCGUCAAGCCCUUGUGGUGGCCGAUACAGGCACCAAGGCCCAGCCGACCUCAACACAGAUAAGAGGACGCACAGAGAGCACGACACCUUCGUCCACUAUUUCGCAGAAGUCUACCACUGAUAAAUCUAGAGACAAAUCACCCACAAGAAUAAAACGCACUCACAACAAGGUUAGAACCGGCUGUCUCACCUGCAGGCGUCGAAGAGUCAAAUGUAGGUCCAACAUGCCCAUGUACAUGCGCAAUGCCUCUCACGAGUCAGUCGAAUUGCUGAACGAAAGCACCAUCGCUUCCCUCUCAUACACCCUGAAACACGUUUCCCAAGAGCUGUACUUACCAUGAACAGGCGAUGAAGGUCAUCCUCGAUGCCAACGCUGUGCCAAAGCCGGCCGUUUCUGCGAAGGAUAUACUCAGGCCAAGACGUGGGCUCUUGACUUUCAAUCCAACGAAGCUGCAACUAGCCAUGAAGUCGGUCAAAGCUUCAGCAAUGCAACUUCGAUACACUUCUUCGAGGAUUCUGACUUCAAUCGACCCAGUCAAUAUUUCCUCGAGUGUACCGCGCCACGAAUCGCAUCCUACUUCGCCGAAAUGAUGGAUUCAAUCAUUGACGACAAAAACAUGGUGGCCCAGAUCAACACGCAAGCUUGGACGUUUUGGAACAGAUUGGUGAUUCAGGCGAGUGAGGCCAACGAGUGUAUCCGUCAUAGCUUAGCAGCCAUUAGCAGCCUCCAUGAAUGGCUCGAGUUUACCAAACGUACGCCGUGGCAGAACCACUCGUUCACGCUGCACUAUACCAAAGCCAUCACCGAGAUCAAUCAAAACCACGGCAAGCUCCCACUCGAAAUCAUCCUGGUGGCCUGCGUCCUGUUUGCCCACUGUGACUUUCUCAUGGGCGCUUCCGCCGCCGGGCUGACACAUCUGAAAUCCGGCCAGAGGAUCAUCCAGGAGAGCAAGAAGAAGCAGGCACAACUGUCACCGGAGGUUCGUCAGCUGAUACAACCCGUCAUUGAGGGUUUCAUAAUGAAGAGCGCCAAUUACCGGCUGACCGAGACGUCCAACGUCGAAGCCGGGACGAAUGGAGGAGGAGGGACGACAUAUUCGUUGCCGGAGAUGCCCAAGGUGUUUCGAGACCUAGACCAGGCGAACAAAUUCCUCCAGCAGGCACUCUAUUGGGUUCUUCUUCUUGAGCUCGGCCAACCCAACCACUUGUCCACCUCCAUGGCUCCCGGCGUGCGCAAGUACGUCGCCGACUGGGCCACGUCCUUCGGCCAGUGGAAGGUGACGUACGAAGUGGACGACCCCUUGCUGAAGGACUGGCAGCUUUUGUUACUGGCUCAUCAUCGGAUGGCUUUGCUGAUACUCAAGAGCCUCCCUCCCGAGAACGACAGGAGCUACAGUCGCGCCGCCGCCGAUUUCCGCAUAAUGUUCGCCCAGCUCCGGACGUUCCUUCGCGGCGGAUAUACCGAAUUGGUCCCCAAGUACAGCGACAACCUGAUCCUUAAGGUGCACGUGGGCUUCAUCGCACCCCUGUUCUUUCUCGCCACCGAGUGCCGAGCACGCGAUCUCCGUCACAAUGCGUUGGAGGCGCUCCGAGACCUGAAAGUGGUCGAGGGCCAUUGGAACAGUUGUGUCGCCUAUGCCAUCGCCAAAACGGCCACCGAAAUCGACAAAGACGUCAACAACCAAGCAAAGCCCGGAAAGACGGUUCGGAUCAAGCUCGACAGUGUUGAUCGUUGGAAAGAUGGCACGAUGACUCUAAAGUACUACAAGGUCUUGGACAACGUUGUGGCCGGAGAAGCCGAACUCAAAACCAUCACGGAACCGGCUUGUCAUCACGAGGUCAACAUGCAAUGGGUGGGUUUCUCCCUUUGCACACUUAUCGAUCGAGUUCUGGUCUGUUUUGAAUGGACACUGCUAACACUGCCAAUUUAGCCCGUGGUGCGCGUUGUUCAACUACAUGGGUUUCAAGCGGCCGUCAAGCCACGAAAAUUACAGUGUUGCUGUCGUUCGCAAAAGCCAGAGAGAUGAAACGGAACCUAACCUAGUGACUUACCAGCACAACAUAAAACUCGUAAAGUUACAAAGAAGUCUCGAAGAUUUUCCAAGAGAACUUCAUGAAAGAGGUACUGCCUACGACAACGACUACUACAGUAGUCCUGCGGGCGGGAUAUGUCAUAUGCCUCACUAAAGAUAGAUAUCCAAUGGGACCAGCUCGCUCGGGUUGAUCCAUGGAGGGAUGUUCAACCUUGGAAUGGAUGUGUCUAGAAGAGAGACGUCGAGGUUGGAAAGACGACGCCAUUCAUGAUCUUGCACUCUCGAGCUGAGCAAUGCACCAUCCAUGGGAUACAAAAAACCCCACCAAAACCAUGUCUGCCCUCUCUUUCAGACGACACUGACAUGUCCACCCCGUCAAACGUUGGACGUGGACCAUCAGAAUACUACUUCCAACAAACGAACUCAGCGAACAGAAUGGCCGUUCUUCAGGGCACACGCGCCCGCGGACACUUCCCACCACCACCACCAGCCUCCCGAGAAAGGUCGCCUUGUGCCCCUCCGCCGACCCCUCGAUACGGACAUAUUUUACUCUGUAUUGUCGAGACACCGUUCAAUGCACUCAAGGUGUCAAGAAGGAGAAUUGCUAUUGGCAAGCUAGAAAGCCAAACUACCUGAUUGUUGGUAUUCCCGCAAUGGUUCGCAGAUUGAGGAAGUCAUCUGCGAAAUGGGUCAUGGAUUGACGUGCGAUUUAUCCCAUACGCACAGUCACGAUUCAGGUGGCAAAAUGUAUGUACAGUCGCAAUUCACAAAUAAAAGGACUCAAUGAUAGGAAGCGUAACGAACCAUUAUAUUUGUUUC